UUAGCUUCUGGCUCAGGGGGCGUGUCAUCGCUAGGAGUGUAUUGUGCCCGGGGGCACGGAAGAGGCAGGAGGAGGACUCCUAUGGAUAGCGGCCAGCGUUUACCUAUGGCACACCGGUUCCCGGACAGCCCGUCUUCCGACGGAGAUAACGAUGUGUUUCUUCCAGAUGGAAGUCCAGCGCCUGUUAGUGAAUUCUUGCAGGAAUUGCCAAGCUACCAGUCCUUGUUAAGGAGAAAAACGUCCUAUUAUGGAACCAUUGAAAGACGCAGGAGCACCCGUCAACUUAAAGGUUCACUUUCUGUUGAUCCGAGCACUUUUGAGCCAGCAAGUGAGGUGAUGAUGACAAAACCAUUAAGGGAGUGUGCACUCAGUAUGCAAGAAAAAAGGAAAUUAAGGGAUAUGCAGAAGCUGUGCUCCCAGUACAUCACAGGAUGGAGCCAGUGGAAACAAUCAAGUUGGAAUUCAUGCAGAAAAUUUAAGGAGGACAUGGCUGAAUUUUUCUGUCAUCUAACACUUUGGAGAGGAAACAUUCACAACAUUGAGGGUAAAUUUGGAACUGGCAUUGGAUCUUAUUUCUCAUUUCUUAGGUUUCUGGUCAUUUUGAAUUUUGUGAUGUUCCUGUUGAUGUUUUGUUUUACUACACUUCCUGUCGCCAUUUCCAAACAAGGAGCUUUCAACAGCAGCAAUAUAAUUCCAUCUCUAGCUGAUUCGGAAUGCACAUAUUAUUCCCCAGGUGGCUAUGGACUUCUGUAUUUCUACAGUAAUAUUAUUGACUUACUUUCCGGAACGGGGUUUCUAGAGCUCACCUAUCUGUUUUAUGGAUAUUAUACCAUAGAGACUGUCACUUUUUAUGUCUUCAACUACAGUCUUCCACUUGCUUAUGUGUUGGUCACAAUAAGCUGCCUGUUAUUGAGCAUUGCUUGGAUAGUAAAAAGGGCUGUAAAUGGUUUUAAACAAAGCCUGGUACAUGAUGAAGACAAAUUUCAGAGCUACUGCAAUAAAAUAUUUGCAGGAUGGGAUUUCUGUAUCACUGAUCAGUACUCGGCGAGUCUUAAGCACAGCAGUUUGCAGUAUGAAUUAAAAACAGACCUGGCGGAGGAAAGAAUCCGCCAAAGGAAACAGAAGCGGACAAGGGGAGAAACAUUCCGUAUUUAUUUUUUCCGUUUUCUUUUAAAUAUAAUUGUCAUUGGAGUGUUGGCUGGCAGCUUUUAUGCAAUUUACCGAGCUACUGUAUAUUCACUGGAAAAUAGCAACACGGUGAGUGGAAGCAACGCUGACCCUAUAAACCUGCUAGUGGAGUAUUUACCGUCAAUUGUUAUCACUAUUGCCAAUAUUGUAACGCCUCUGAUCUUCGAAAGUAUUGUUCGUUAUGAAGAUUACUCUCCAGCCUUUGAAAUAAGAUUUACAUUAAUACGAUGUGUGUUUGUGCGGUUGGCCAGCAUUGCAGUACUGUUAAUUUCCCUUUGGACUCGAAUCACAUCCUGCCAAAACCAGACUUGUAACCUUUGUGGGUAUAAUUAUAAGAUGUAUCCAUGUUGGGAAUCUCGAGUGGGUCAGGAAAUGUAUAAGCUGAUGAUUUUUGACUUUUUAAUUAUUGUAGCGUUGACUUUAUUUGUAGAGUUUCCUCGCAAAUUGAUGGUAACAUACUGGUCAUCUAAACUUGUGCAAUGGUGGGGUCAGCAGGAGUUUGAGAUUCCUCAGAACGUUUUAGAGAUUGUCUAUGGGCAGACCAUUUGCUGGAUUGGAAUAUUUUAUUCACCUCUUCUACCAGCCAUUGCAACUGUGAAGUACUUCAUUAUAUUUUACAUUAAAAAGGUCAGUCUAAUAGAAAACUGUAGACCAUCAACAAGGCCUUUCCGGGCCUCCAGCUCUAAUUUUUUUUUCCAGGUGAUACUGUUGAUAGGUCUGGUCUUGGCCUGUAUUCCCGUAGGGUUUGGAAUUGCAUACAUACCUGCAUCUAAAGCAUGUGGCCUGUUUGUGAAUUUUACUACAUCAUGGGAAAUUAUACCAACUGUUGUGAAAACAUUUCCAAAUGGGCUGCAGAAAUUCAUCUAUGUCAUAGCCUCAGAAUCUUUUGCUGUCCCCUUUUUCUUACUCUCAUGUCUUGUCAUGUUCUAUUUCAUUGCUCUUGCUGGAGCACAUAAAAAAGUUGUGGAACAGCUACAGGAACAACUAGCCAUGGAAAGUCGGGACAAACUUUUUCUCAUAAGACGGCUUACUGAAGUUCACCAUAUCAAAGUUUAGGGUCCCUUGAAUGAUACGGAAUAAAAGGCAACCUCUUUUUACUGGUGUUGGCAUUUAAGAAAAGUGAAGCAACUUUAGGUUAUGCACUCUUCCUUUUUAUAUUCACCAAGAUGAGUGGUUUGGCACCGUGGAUUGGUUUUGUUAAGCUAAACCAAAGAUUUUAGGGCAUAAGACCACAUAGUACAAAAGGCUAAUACUGAUUUCCAUAUUUGUGACUGUCCGCUCUCUGGAACUUAAAAUAUAGUGCAUCACUACUGGAAAAAUGUCACCUACUUGACUACUAAGGUUGGGAGAAUCUAUGUACUAGUUGGAAAGUGUUGGCUUGUUUCAUAUUGGUUUUGCUUUAUCAAUUAUUUCACUUCUGUUUUUCUAAUUUAAUAUUAUGUCAUUUUUUUACCUGAUGUCAUUGUGCAUUUCUACUUUAAAAUGAGCUGAGUAGGGAAAGAGAUGGGUUCUCUUUGGCCAUGAACUCUCAGGAAAAUCUAUAGAAGGUGCCACGCAGAGGCUAUACAUAAGGGAAUCAGUAUCUGGAAGGCUAGAUGCUCAUGUGUAUUUAGUGCUUUAUAUUGAAAACGUCUGACAAGCAUUGAAAUUCUAUACGAAUCUGAACCAAUAGCCCUGGCAGCCUGUUUUAGUAUUAUGGACGGAAACAUAAAGUGCAGUUGUUACAUUAGUUAUACUGAAUUAAAAUGUGUUUUUAUUAGGUCAGGCAUACAUACAGUCCCAUGCAAAAUUACUCAGACCUUUGGCUAAGUCUGUCAUAGCAAAUUUGUUCUCUGAUAUGUUUAAUUUCAAAGCACUGAAAUGCAGUUAUAUAUUUAACAUGACAUUGUUUAAUGUUAAAAAAAUAAAAUUCUAUUUUCUACCAUUACAUAUUUACUACCAUUGCACUCUGUUUGGGAGUGAUUUUGGCCCAUUAUUUUAGGUUGUCCAAGUUAGAUGAUCCUUGUGUACCUUUGUUUUUAAAUAGUGGCUUAAAUUUCCAGUUGGAUUAAGAUCAGAGCUUGCCUGGGGCAUUAUAGGACAUUCUUGUGUUUGGGAUCACUGCCUUGCUGAAACACAAUCUUCUGCUGAAGCUUCAGUUUGUAAAAAAAACAGGUACAAAGGUUCCCUUGCAGUAUUUCCUUGUAUUUUGCAUUUUACUUUCUUUAGGUGCCUAUUUACUGCUAUUUCCAGCAUGAUCCCAUCACCAACAUACUUUACAGUACUAUUACAAUAAAGGGGUGAUAGUGUUUAUAGGGCUGCCUUUCAUCCGCAGGGGUUGGGCAUCUUGUUAUAGAAAAAAGCAAUUAUGGUGCAGAAUGAAGGGAAGCAAAGCAUCAGCUAAAGUGAUCCCACAAACAAUGUCCUGCAGUGGUGAGGUCAAAACCCUGAUCUGUAUCCAACAGAGAAUCUCUGGGACUUUUUAAAUAUUAAGGAGUACAGUUGUCAUCUAAUUAACGUGAACCUGAACUGCCUGGAGGAAUGGACGAAAAUCACUUUUGAACAGUGUGCGUUGUUGGGACGUACGCAUACUUCACUGUUAGAGAUGUCUCUUUAAAAUAUACAAAUCUUGGCAUGGAAAAUUUGUACUAACAGCAUAUUUUUAUUUUAUUCUAACAUAAAACAUAUUGUCAGACUAAAAAAAAAAGCUUUCAGUGGUUUUAAAUAAAACUGUCUCUUUAGAAAAUUGCAGUGUAACAUGUUAUCCAGUCUUGAGGAAUUGGUCAAGGGUCCAGGUGUUUUUGUUAGGCACUGUAUGUUCACACUUAUUUAUUAAAUACUUUGUUUGUACUGCUGUAGGCAUUUAUGGCUCUGAUUUCCAGCUUCCAACAUCCUAGCUGUUUUUGAAAUACAGCUAAGAUUCGUAUUAUGUAUAAUAUAUUAGCAUUGCAGUUUUCAACAUUAUAGCUGUUCUGCUGAUCUGUGCAUUCUAUUGCACAAACAUGGUUUCUGUACUUCUAAGGAAGGGGUAUAUAUGGCUAGGGGCAAUUCUGGCCUUUCCGAUACACCCCUUCUUCCUUAUUAGUGUUGGUUGGACCAAUUCCUGCACAAUUCAGCUCCUUAUAAUAUAGCUACACUAGCCAUGUACAGGGGCACUGCUGCUAUAUAAGGCAAGUUGAGAAUGUUGCCUUGGGCAGCAAUGCUCUGCAAUAAAAGAGCCAAAAUUCUGAUUUUAAAACCGGAAUUUUGGCUUUUAAAAUUACCAGGAGUAGGGCGCUGCCACCUCAGGCAAUAUUCUCAGCUUGUCUCACAGCACCCCUCUAUAUGGCUAGUGUAGCUAUAUUAUAUGGGGCACCCACAACAAUUGUGUAGGGGUUGAAAUUGCAGAUAAAACUACUGACAUUUCACUCGGGGCUGAGACUGGAGGCAACUUCUGUGUGCUUCAUUGGCACGGUGUGAUUCUGCCACACAGCGCUAGUAACCUCUGUUACUGGGCUCACCUAGUCUUGUGAGAGUACAUUAGUACUGCUGUGCCACUGGGCUUAUACAGCGGCCUUACAGCUGCCCCUACUAGUGAUAAAUUAACUCCACUACCUGUUCAAUUAUUUAGCACACACCGUUACCUGCUGUAAUUAUAGGCAUUUUUAGAUUAUUAAAUUAUAAUAAAAUUAUAUUUUAACUUGGGUGAAACUGACAAUGUUCCUAUUAAACUUUAUUGUUAAACAUA